AUGGUCCCUCUCCGCUUGGCAGAACGCCUGAAGGCCACCGGCUACGACGACAAGAUCGAGCCAGUUCAAGACCUGGGCGGCAAAACUAUCGUCAGAGUCAACGACACGGAGGUUGUCGUCAGCUCCGCAACGCAAAAGCCAAACCGCUCCCUGUGGGUGGCAUGGAUGUACAUCUUUGACUGGUACCCGAGCCAUUACUCCAAGGAGGAGAAGCAUCUCGUCAAAAAGCUGGACCGUGUCUUGCUUACGCUGUGCUGCCUGUGCUUCUACAUCAAGUGGCUCGACCAGAGUGCCUUGAACACUGCGUACUGGUCCGGUAUGAGGGAGGAGUUGAAGAUCAAGGGCAAUGAGUACUCCCUCUUCGGCACCUUCUACAACAUCGGCUACAUGAUCUUCGAGAUCCCCAGCAUGAUGAUCAUUUCGCGUCCCCAGUUCGCCCGCUACUAUGUUCCGACGAUGGAAACGCUUUGGUCCAUCUUGACUUUCACACAGUGUACACUCUCCAGCGUCUCUCAGAUCUACGGUACCCGCUUUUUGCUCGGGUUUCUCGAGACACCGGCAGCGACGGGGUCCAUUUACCUGCUCACGUCUUGGUACCGCGCCGACGAAGUCUUCAAGCGCGCCGGCGUCUGGUAUGUCUCUAGCAAUGCUGGUGCCAUGAUUUCAGGUUAUUUGCAGGCCGCUGUACACGUUGGUUUGAACGGAACGCACGGCAUGUCUGGCUGGAGGUGGUUGUUCAUCAUAGACGGCUGCAUCAGCAUCUGUAUUGCCAUCGCCGGAUUCUUCCUGUAUCCCGGCCUCCCGACCACACAACCCAGAGUCUGGUGGUUGACGGAAGAGGAACGCCUACUCGCAGUCGCCAGAAUGCAGAGUCAAGGCACCAAGCAGAGCUCCAAGAUCGGGAAGCGCAUGCUGAAGCGGGUCUUCACACACUGGCACUUUUACGUCGCUGUCCUUACAUACGUCUUCUUCCAGUGUACUUCGUAUGUAUCAGGGCAGAUGCAAGCGUGGCUCAAGAAGGAGGCGGACAUGAACGGAACUUACAGCAUUGUUGAGAUCAAUCUCAUCCCCACUGGCGUCCAGGGGGUGGCCAUUGUCGCUGGCGUGCUGGUCACCAGUCUCGUCAUGAUCUACCCAUUGUGGGCGAUCUUCUCCGGCGUCACGGCAGUGCUUCUUUUCGCCAACGUCUGCCUACGCGUUUGGAACAUUCCACUUGGUCUUCACUUCACAUGUUACUACCUCCUCGGUCUCACCUCCUGCAUGACACCCAUUAUCUACCCAUUUGUAAACCUGAUCAUGAAAGACGACAAUGAGGCACGCAGCUUUACCACUGGUGCCAUGAUGACCAUCGGCUGGGCCUUUUUCAGCUUCUAUCCCAUCACCGUUUUCCCCAUUCUAGAAGCACCCGAAUGGAAGAAGGGAUAUUCUGUGAAUAUCGCGUUCAUCGUUGCUUACUGGACAAUCUUCAUGAUCGGGCAAUAUCUCUGGCGCCGGGAGGAGCAGACCAAGAAGUUCGACAUCAACCAACAUGGGAACUCCGAUGCGGACGAGUUUGUCAAGCCGGAGGCAAUCGAAGUAGAGAUUGAUGAUGAGAAGAUGAAGAAGGAAACAAAAGCCUAA